AUGAGUGGCUUCUGGGAGAAUAACAAGGAUUCCAUCAAGUCCGGACUGGUAUCCGCUGGUAAAAUGGGGUACCAGGGGACCAAAUUCGUAGCCAAGACAGGUUAUCAAGCAGGUAAGAAACAAUACAAGAGUAGUAAAGAUAAAAGAGAUAAGAAGCAAGGAAAGGGAAGACGCAAGCAUAGGAAACAUGGGAAGAAGAGUAAAGAUAGUGAAAGUGAAUACAGUAGUGACGAUGAAAGUGAUUAUGAACCGGAACCAACAAGAGUGGAAAAUUUAAAGGAUCCAAGAUCAUUCCCACCACCACCUUUAAAACCGGGACAAGCACAGUAUGCAUCGUCCAAUGGUAGUUCUCAAGGUUCUUUCCCACAGCAACAAAUGCAAUACCAGCAAAAUCAGGGUCAGAUGAAUCAAUUUCAACCUCAAUUCCAGCAACAGCAACAACCAAUGAUGCAACAGAAUCAAUCUCAACCUCAAUUCCAACAACAACCGCAAUUCCAACAACAAAUGAAUCAAUCUCAACCUCAAUUCCAACAACAAGCUCAAUUCCAACAACAACCAAUGAUGCAGCAAAACCAAUCUCAACCUCAAUUCCAACAACAACCAAUGAUGCAAAUGAAUCAAUCUCAAUCGCAAUCUCAAUUUGAACAACAACCAAUGAUGCAACAGAACCAGUCCCAACAACAAUUUCAACAACCGCAGCAAAUGCAACAGAAUCAGUCACAACAAUUCCAACAACAACAGCAACAACCUCAAUUUCAGCAGCAACCUCAGUUCCAGCAACAGCCACAACAAUCACAACCUCAGCAGAACGUCUAUGGUCAACCUAACCAGCCACAAUCAGAUGGGCAAUUAAAUCAACCCAUACAACCACAACAAGAACAACCACAGCAACAGGUACCAAUGCAACAGAAUUUCCAGCAACAAUUGAAUCAGCAGCUCCAACAAACUUUUACGCCUGUUUCACAGGACAAUUCUUUCCAAAAUAAUGAGGUUCCUAGAGCUGGAAUGCCGCUACCUACACAACAAUCACAAUAUAACCAGAAUCAAGAAUUCGCAAGACCAGGUUUACCAUCCCCAGGAAUGAAUCAACAAGGACCAUCAAUUCCAGGAAGAAAUGUCGCACAACCGCCAGGUUCAAGCACAUCUUCAUUCUCAACAAACGAAAUUACUAAUGAUCAUAUGCAACCACCACUUGGAAUGCAGAGCAACAAUUCUUCAACUCCACAUUUUGAAGUAAGACCAUUUGAUUUAACCAAUCCAGAAAAUAAUCCCGUUGCAGCUAAACCAAAAAUUUCAGAACUCCCACUUACAGAAUUAACACCUCCACCAACACAUAGAGAUAGAGGUAAAAAUUUGCCACCAAAGAGACCAUCUUUAGUGAAUUCAAAUUCUUCCCAUUGUCGUUCUAACAAUGCUAUUGUAAUGACUGAUAAUACUUUAAACGAAAUUGAAGAUGAAACCAAACAACAAGAAAAUACUGAACCAAUGAGGGAGAAAGACCAACAGCCACGAGCCGCAAUUGUUGGAAGCUACGAUGCAAAGAUAGAUUUACCUCCUCCACCUAAACCGUUCAGGCAUAACAUUAACGAUAUACAUAAUCAAAGCAAGCCAAUUAACUUCCUACCUGCUCAUCCUGAAACAACUCUGAAUGAGGCACCACCGCCAGUGCCCAGAAGAGAAACUAAUGAAUCAUUGGGUAGUACGAGAAAGUCUCUAUCCAAGACAGAAACAAACUCAUCUUUCCAGUCUUCUCUAAGUUACAAUAGUGAGACAUCUGCAAAGGAACAAAUUCCGAGAGCAGCAAUCCUUGGUAGUUAUAAUGUCACUGUAGAUUUACCUCCCCCACCUCAACCAUUUAGAGGACACCAUGAAGAGCAUCCCUCCCAUGUUCCCAAUUCAACCUCCAAAUCUGAAACAUCUGCCCAAGGUGCUCGGAAUGUACCCCCACCUGCACCAAUGAGGAAGCCUACAAGUAGUAGCAUUCCGUCACAACCAAUCGUAACAUCAGAAGUACCAAAAAUUCAACCUCAUGCUGCUCUUCAAAGAGGACAAAUUGAGGUACAAGCUGAUCUUCCAGUUUCAAGUUUCCAGGCACCACCGAGACCGUUCAGACACCCUGGCCAAGAAGAGAAACCAAAGCAGCCAGAACCAAACAAUGAAAGAUGGCAAAGAAAGGACAUCAAGACAUCGAUCCCACCACCUGUUCCGAAGAAAAAGAACAUAGGGGCACCUGUACCAACCACCUUACCAUCUUCUUCUUCUUCUUCUUCUUCAACUUCUAAACUUGUCGAAAAGCCCUUACAGAGAGGUCAGAUUGAACUUCAUAAUGACCUUCCCGUAUCAAGUUUCCAGGCACCCCCAAGACCAUUUAGACAUGUUGAUACUUCAAGUAGUUCAAAAGAACUCUCAAAUACUUCAGAUGUAAAGCAUGAAGUAAUUAGGGGCUCCGCGAAAGAACACCAUGCUGAACAAAAGUUAUCGAACGAACCAGAAAAUGGUGACAUAAAACAUGGCAACUUCAUUGUUAAACCACCUAUGCCCAUUGCUUCCUUUGCACCCCCACCAAAAACUCCAAGAAAAAAAUUAAUCCCAGAGGACGAAGACGAGUUUUUUGAUGCUAAUGACAGCUCUCCUCCUUUUCCAACUCGAAGAACAAAGACGUCUGAUUCAUUUACUUCAAGAGGAGAUUAUACUAUGGAUUUAAAAAAGAAACAUGCACCUCCAAAAGUUAAACCUAAACCAAAAAAUUUAUCCUCAACUUCUGUUGCUUCGCAAGCGACUUCCAUUGAUAACAGUAAAACUCCUUCUAAGUCCUCAAGUAUUCUCGAGAUUGGUGAUAUCAGCACGGAAUUGACUCACCUAACUUUAAAGAAAACGAAUGGGAAAUUUUCCCAUCCUCAUCCACCUCCUGUUCCUAGAAAGAAGGAUGUACUAAAACCAACGCCACAGCCAGUUCCAAAGAAGAGAAGUUCCUUGAUAGAAAGUAAAACAGAUGUUGGGGCCCCUAAUGACCAAGAUGACGAUGACGACAUUAAUGACUUAAAUCCAUUUGAAAGAUACCUGAAAAACGCUGUCCCUCAGGAGAAAGAUAGACUACAUAAAUAG